GAAGGGGGGAGGAGAAUCUGAGAUUUUUUAUGUCAAUCUCUGGAAUAUCAGAGGUUAAGGGGAGACUUGACAGAAGUAUAUAAAAUUAAGAGGCAUAGACAAGGUAGACAGUCAGAACCUUUUUCCCCAGGGCGGAAACAUGAAAGAUUAGAGGGUAUAGUUUUGAGGUGAGCAGGGCAAAGUUUAAAGGAGAUGUGGGGAAAAAGUUUAUUUUUUACACAGAUGGUGGUGGGUGCCAGGAAUGCGUUGCUAGGAGUUGUGACGUUUCUACGGCUUUUAGACAGAUAUGCAUGGAAUGGAAGGAUGUGGAUCGUGUGCAGGUAGAUGAGAUUAGUUUAUCUCAGCAUCAUGUUCGCAACAGAUAUUGUGGGCCUGUGCUUUACGGAAAAUUGUUAUACCUUGUGAUAUUGGCAUUCCUAAAAUUAACAUUCAAAACACCAACCUUUAUCUUAAUCACAUAUGAGACCCAAUGCCUUCCUUUGGCUGCACUGGGAUUGAUGCAGAUGGAGAAAAUGGUCGAGAACAAUUAAACCCAAAUUAUCUUUGUCUAAUCUUCAUCUAGUUAUUUUUGAUUACUUAUUUCUUCUUUAAAUAAAUUCCUAUUUUACCAGGAUACAUAUUGCUGCUUAAACACUAAGGGAGAGAAGUUCUGACCAACAGUAAUGGUUACCAACUCCUGCACAAAAACCUUAAGCCCACAAACUGAAGAUCACUAAGAAGGUCAGAGAGAAGAUAGGAAUGCUAACAGCAAACAGAAGGCAUAAGUGCAUCAUUUUUCUGGUUGCAAGGUUUAAGGAAUGAUAUAUCACAGGAAUGUCAUGGGGUAUGAACUUUUUACAACUUAGAUAUAGCCGGAAAAUGCACCGAAGGUAUGGUUUCUAAAGUUGAUAACUGAUCGUGUGGAACUAGCCUAUGAAGAGGACAUAAGGAGGCUGGCUACAAAGGGAUAUUGGUAGAUUAAAUGUGUGAAAAGAUCUAAUAUGGAAUAGUUGUGCCAUAAAGUAACAGCAAAAAGGUUUGACUUAUACUUGCAUGGGCAUCGUAAUAUUUACAGACUUCCCUAUCCUAAUUAACACCAUAUAAUAUUCCUGGAGAAGUGAAAUAAAGUGAGAAAACCCAUCUGGGCAAAUGAAGAGAGGUCUGGAGAUUCAUUUGGUGCUGAAUCUUCUGCCAUUACCAGAAUUGGCCCAACUCUUGCUUUAAAUGGGUUUAGGUAGUCAGCAUCAGCGCCAAUCCCCAUCUUUUCCUGACGUUCAGCUUUCUGUGGGCUAAUGAAGAAGAACACCACAAGCAGUUACGAGAAUAAAGACGAAGCAACCUACAAAAGUAAAGGCUUGGCCACAACCCAAAAAUAUUACAAACAUCACAAAUCAGAGUAAUGGUUAACCACUCAAUUAUGAGAACAGAUGGCAGCCAAGUUGCGCAGUUGUUAUCAGAAGCUUUUGAAAUGAAAGAAAAUGACUAUUGCUGGUAUUACCUCCUAAACGCAUCCCACAUUUCCUGGACUUCUAGAAGGUCAACAGCUGAGCUUCAAACAGUAUAGCUUUGUUCUUAAGGUGCCGAUUUUAGUGAAAUAGAUUUACUUAUCAAGUUAUGCAGCCUCAGCCUCAGCUGCAUCUACUGCUAAAAACUCUUUAAUUUGUAGAGAGUUCAUACACUCAUCCGUGGUAUUAUAGGUCAGGAUUCAGAUGCCUGUUACAUUUAACGGCUCUUAACUGCAAUACGAAAUAUAGUGAAGUAAAAGGUUAAUGUUGCGUCAAAGCUGAUCAAGCUAGGAUUAUAUAUUUUUUAAAUCAAGUAAAAAGUGUUUUACCUACAGUUCUAACCAGAAAUCUGAAACGGCAAACUGACAGAAACAUGGGUUCUGCUCAUAUUUUUUAUACAGUUGCCUGUUUUUACAAUGUUGCUUCACUGGAUGUCUUAGUAACACAUUCAACACAAUAUCCACCAGUUCUGAAUGAGUUCAACACAAAAGAUGUGUCUUUCCUGAACCUCAGUGGCCUCAGCCUUGGAAGAAGCUACCUCGAUUGCCUGAGGCAACAUAACCAGCUACAGGUCCUACUUCUGAACAACUCCAAUUUAGACACUUUGGAUGAUACAGUAUUUUCAAACAUAUCUAGUCUUAAACAGCUCUAUCUACAAGACAACAGGCUAAUAGAUUUCCCAUCCAAACCAAUGCUUCCACUUACUCAUCUCCAAGUCCUAGUUAUCAAUAACAAUUACAUCAAGGAGAUCAAGCCAGAUGCCUUUCAGGAACUAAAGGAGCUCAAAGAGCUUCACCUGGGGCCCCAGGUGCAGUUUCAAAACUUUGAUUAUCAAGCCCUGCUUCCUCUGAAAAAGAUUAAGGUGCUGAUUCUCAGAGGCCUCAACCUCACGUUCGUGCCUGUCAUUAAUCAGAUGCAGCUGCUUCAGGAUUUGGAUUUAUCUGAUAAUCAGAUUGAUAGAGUAUUAUCACAGUAUUUUUAUAAUCUCACCAGACUCCAGACGCUACAAUUGGCAGGGUCUGGGAUUACAUUUAUCAGCAAAUCAGCCUUCAGCUCUCAGAAGAACCUGCGCCUGUUGGACUUGUCCAGGAACAAGCUAAUCACCCUUUCGAAAGAAGCACUUAGUCCCAUUAUUGGGUCAAGACGUAAUGCUGUGGUCAUUAUUUUGGCUCAGAACUCAUUUCACUGCGAUGCCAGCAUGUGCCUGAUGAAGAGAUGGCUGGACACUGUAAAGAUGCGCGUGCGGCUCGACCUGAUGUGUUACAGCCCUGAGAGUCUCAAAGGACAGUCAAUGGCCCAGCUACUGCUCACUGACUUCAACUGUGUAAAAGAGCCUAAUUUUGCAUUUCUACCCAAAGCUUCACACAUAAACAAAACUACUGUGGCACACUCAUUUCUUGGGAAAGGGAUCAUUGGCGUCAUAAUAGUUGCUGCAGCUGCACCUAUCCUUCUCAUCUCCAUUAUAUACUUAGCAUCAUCAAAGUCAAUUCAACAAUCUCGUCUCAUGAAACAUUGUGCCUGCAACAAUAUGGGAUCCACUCAGCAAGGGAAAGAAGAGGCAGCCACAAACAACUUUCCUCUAUAAGCAUAAUGCAAACUGUAUUUACAAAACCUGCAUGUACAACAAUUGAAUACCUACAGCUGUAACUAAUGUACCAUGACAAAAAUAGGAGACAUGAUCCCUGUGCUUAGCAGGUUUUGACUUGUUCAUACCCCCUUCAUCCAAUGUGUUGAACACAUUUCUGGAAAUGGAAUGUAUGCCACUUUUUUCAGAUAAUUGUUGAAAUAAAACAUGCAGUUGCUUUUUAACAGUGCCAAGAAUGAGGAAACAUUUAUCCACAUCAUCUGCCAAGUGAUUGACCAAUUACCUGGAAAAUACUUCCCGUUGACUUCGGCUGAUUCAAAAUUAGGGAAUUAAAUUUAUAUUAAAGAACUUUCAAGCUU